UUGGCUGACAAAAAAAGACACAAAAUGAGAUUGCCAGGUUACAGAAAAAAAACAACAACAAAAAAACAUGACGUAUAAUUCAUCAAAAAUAAUCAUAUUUUGUCCAAAACAAAGUCGGUAAACAAAACUAUAAAAUAAAUUGAGCCGUACGCUGAUGAAAUGACGUCACAUCCGAACGUAUCCAACGUCGACGUCUGACGCAAAGACGUUGUGUUGGGGAUCCCGGAAGUGGGCUCGCAUUGUUUACAUUCUCCUCUUUGUUCGGUGGAAAUUCCGCCAAAAUGUCCAAAAAACCGUCCGAGAGCACCGAGACCCGGAGCCCCGGGACCCGGAACACCGACAGCCCCGGCUCCGAGGGCCUGCGGGCGGCCAUCGACCAGCAUCUGGCGGCGGCGGCGGCGGAGAUCUUCAAGCUGCUGACGGAGCGUCGACAGCCGGACACCGAGCAGCUGAAGGCGGCGGUGACGGAGCGGCUCGCCGCGGCCCUGGACCUCAUCCUGUCCGCCUACAGAGUCUCCACGGCGGCAGAGAGAGAACCGGAGCAGCCCGCUGGACCAGCCGAACCCGGAACCGAACCAGAACCUGCAGCCGAAAGGAGAGAGUUCUGUCUCUCCAUCGGCGUCCGGAGUUUCUCAGACGGAGAACGUCUGAAGCAGAACCCUCAGCCCGGCACUUCCUCUAGACCAGAGGAUGUUUCUGAUCCGGACGAUCCGGCCGGCGACGAGGAGGACGAGGAGGAGAACGACGAAGAAACGGCGCCUCACUGCUGCCGGGUCUGCGGGAAGUCCUUCGACAGGAAAGGCUUCCUGAUGAAGCACGUGGAGAAACACUCCAAGGAGGAGGAGAGUCUUUGCGGUCUGUGCGGCGAGCGCCAGGAGUCCGGCGCCGGUCUGAGGCUCCACCUCCAAACGCACCGCGACCGCAGCAAAACCUGCGACGUUUGCGGCAAGAAGUUCCCGUCGAUUCGUGCGCAGGAGACACACCGCCGGCUGCACACCGGAGAGAAACCCUUCAGCUGCCACGUGUGCGGGAAAGGUUUCAACCAGAAGGGCAACAUGGUGACGCACAUGAGGAUCCACACGGCGGAGAAACCGUUCAGAUGCACCGUCUGCCACCGAGAGUUCAGCCACGCCGGAUCUCUGGAGCGCCACAUGAAGUCCCACGACGGAGAGACACUGUUCAGCUGCAAAGUCUGCGAGAAAGGUUUCAGCAAGAGCGCCGAGCUGAGGCGACACGCCAGAAUCCACGAUCCUCCAGAGGACGCCGCCACCGGGAGCCGCCGCAGGAAACCGAGUCUGAUUCCGUCUCACCGCUGCACCGUCUGCGGGAACGCCUUCCACAAUAAAGGCAACUUUGUGCGGCACGCAGAGACUCACCUAAACGAUCCCGGCUUUCACUGCGGCGUCUGCGGGGAGCAGUCGGAGUCCUCGGAGAGUCUGCAGCUCCACAUCCAGAGCCACCGGGAAACGAGCCGCAUCUGCGACAUCUGCGGCAUCAACUUCAGGGACAUGGAGAUCCACAUGAGGACGCACACCGGACAGAAACCCUUUAGCUGCAAAGACUGCGGUAAGGACUUCCCCAGGAAGGGUUCUCUGGAGAGACACAUGAAGCUGCACGCCGGCGAGAGACCGUACAUCUGCGAGUUCUGCGGGAAGACUUUCAUCGAGAACACUGUCCUGAAGAGACACAUCAAGAGCCACACAGGAGGGAAGCCACGGAUCUACUCCUGCGAUGUCUGCGGCAAGAAGUUCACCAUGAGCCAGCACCUGGACGUGCACAAGAGAAUCCACACCGGAGAGAAGCCCUACACCUGCAGAGUGUGCGGGAAAACCUUUCGGCAGAUCGGCAACCUGGACUCCCACAUGAGGAUCCACACGGGCGAGAAACCGUUCAUCUGCAGCCUCUGUGGGAAACGCUUCCGGCAGAAGAUCUCACUGGAGACACACGAGAGGUUCCACAAGAAGGAGAAACCGUUCAGCUGUCCACUCUGCAGCAAAGGCUUCGUCCAGAAGAUCGACCUGAAGAGGCACAUGCUGACGCACACCGGCGAGAAACCCUACAGCUGCCCCAUCUGCGGGAAAAGCUACCAGGAGAAACGAUCCGUGGACUCGCACAUGAAGGUCCACACCGGAGAACGGGCUGCCAGGGACGCCACCAAGGAUGCCGCCGCUGGGACGACGAGCCUCAAGAGACAGGAAGGAGUUCACUCUGACUUCAUCCAGCUGUUCUUUAAGUGUGUGUGUGUGUGUUGGUGUGUCAGCAGGAUGUGCGGGCUGCAGCUGCUGCGGGUCUCGGUCCAUGAGCGGAUGAGCGCCGCCGCUGCAGACCUCCUGCUGCGGCUGGAGGAAGGAGGAGGAGAAGCGGCGCUGAGGUCGCUGCUCACCGAGCGGCUCGCGGCGGCGGCGGAGGAGAUCGUCGCUCUGCUGGAGGAAACCGUGGCGGAGUACGAGGAGCGAGCGGAGCGGUCGGAGCGGGAGGUCUGCCGCCAGAGGAGGCUGCUCGAUGCCGUGCUCAAGCCCCAAGUCCGGCUGCACAGAGCGGACGUCCAGCAGCUGGAAGGGGUUCCUCCUGAGCUCCAGGACCAGAACCAGGACCAGGAGCAGCCAGAGCCCCCACACAUUAAAGAGGAGCUGAUAGAGGAGGAGGCUGAUAUCACCAAGUUCUCCUUCACUCGUGUCCCUGUGAAGAGUGAAGAUGAAGAAGAGAAACCUCAGUCCUCACAGCUUCAUCACACACAGACUGAACACAUGGAAACAGAAGCUGCUGGAGAGGACUGUGGAGGACCAGGACCUCUCAGGACCGACUGUGGAGGACCAGGACCACUCAGGACCGACUGUGGAGGACCAGGACCACUCGGGACCGACUGUGGAGGACCAGGACCACUCAGGACCGACUGUGGAGGACCAGGACCACUCAGGACCGACUGUGGAGGACCAGGACCACUCGGGACCGACUGUGGAGGACCAGGACCAGCCAGGACCGACUGUGGAGGACCAGGACCACUCGGGACCGACUGUGGAGGACCAGGACCACUCAGGACCGACUGUGGAGGACCAGGACCACUCGGGACCGACUGUGGAGGACCAGGACCAGCCAGGACCGACUGUGGAGGACCAGGACCACUCGGGACCGACUGUGGAGGACCAGGACCACUCAGGACCGACGGUCCACAUCUUCUCUUGCAGCCCGUCAGCGAGGACAAUUCUCCGGACUCUUCAGAGACGGACGACAGCGAUUGGUCCCAAUCGAACGAGGCCCGGUCGGCCGCGGAGCCUCAGAAACACGCCACCGCCGAUGAUGACGAGACCGGAUCCACGAUGAAGGAGAGACCGUUUCCUUGCUCCUAUUGUGGGAAAAGAUUUAGCCUGAAGGGAAACCUGAACAGACACAUCAGAGACCACACAGGCGAGAGACCGUUCCCGUGUACCGGCUGCGACAAAACGUUCAAAGACAGCGGCUCGCUAACGGCGCACAUGAGGUGCCACACCGGAGAGCAACCGUACAGCUGCUUGUUCUGCGGGAAGAACUUCAGCGGCAGAGGGAACAUGACCAGACACAUGAGGAUCCACACCGGAGAGAAACCCUUCAGCUGCUCCGUGUGCAGCAAAAGCUUCCACGUCAAAGAACAUCUCAACAGACACAUGAAGUACCACACGGGGGAGAAACCCUUCAGCUGCUCCGUGUGCGGGAAAGGCUGCGCCCAGAAAACAGACCUGAAGAAACACAUGAGGGUCCACACGGGGGAGAAACCCUUCAGCUGCCCCUUCUGCGGGAAGUGUUGCGCUGAGAAAGGAGACCUGACGAAACACAUGAGGGUCCACACGGGAGAGAAACCUUUCAGCUGCAACGUCUGCGGGAAAAGUUGUGCCCAGAAGGGAAGUCUGAAGAUCCACAUGAGAGUCCACACCGGAGAGAAACCGUUCAGCUGCUCCGUCUGCGGCAAGAGUUUCACCGUCACCGGACACCUGAAGAGACACAUGAAGCUGCACGCCGCCGAGGGGCUGCCGGCGGGCCCCCAGGAGGUAGGACCCAAGGAUGCAGAACCCGAGGACGCAGAACCCAAGGACGCAGAACCAGAGAAGGUAGAACCCGAGGAGGGCGAUCCUAAGGUGGCAGUCGGGAGGCGAACCUGAAUCGACUGUCAGGAACCGAGGCCAAAGACCAGCAGGACGUGGAACCUUGGGAACCUUGGACCCCCUUGUGGCGCCACAUCAUCAGGAACCUGAACCUGAGAUCUACCAAGACCUCAAGGAACCUCCAGACCUGAACCUGAGAUCCACCAGGACCUCCAGGAACCUCCAGACCUGAACCUGAGAUCCACCAGGACCUCCAAGAACCUCCAGACCUGAACCUGAGAUCCACCAGGACCUCCAGGAACCUCCAAACCUGAACCUGAGAUCCACCAGGACCUCCAGGAACCUCCAGACCUGAACCUGAUACCCACCAGGACCUCCAGGAACCUCCAGACCUGAACCUGGAGGUCUCAGGUUCACCACGCAAUAUAACAACGGAACCGUAGAACCAGAGAACAUGGGACCGUCAGGAACCUGAACUAUUUGUUGAUCCGUAAACAGAACCGACUGUAUAAAGUUGCUGCUGCUACAUUAUUGUUGUAUAACUUGUGUUAUUAUUUUAUCGUCAUGAUUAUUAUUAUUGUUAUUAUUAU